AGUGCUGGACGAGGCUCUGUGCGGACUUUCUCUUGCGCUUUCUUGUUUGUAAAGCCCCCACCCCAACCUUCGGGAAGUGGGGCUCUUAGGAGGAAGGGCGGCUCUUUUAUCCCAGAGAAAAGUGAGGAUUCGCAGAGCAUGCAUUUGCGUUUCUGUGAAUAAUUAAGCUUAGCUCCUAGUCUUCCUGGGACGCCAGUUGCCGGGGCACCAUUUUUUAAGGAAAAAAACAAAAAAACUGUUUUUACUCCUGUCUUCAGCACAACAAAACCUGGUGUCUCCUGCUUAUCGUCUCCUUUCACUGUUAAUGGGGACUUCUUUUCUUGGUUUGUUUUUAAUGUGUGUUCUGCGCACCGUCGAAUGUGACAUGAGAAAGUUUUGAAAGUGCAGGAGCUUCAUGAGCAGCAGCUGACCAUAAUCAUUGAGUGGUGGUCAAAUGGGAACAUUGCCGCUUGUGCUCCAACAUUACCAGGCAGAAGGUCUUCAGUAACGCACUGAAGCACUCACUAAGCAUUGUGGUUGCUGUAAUGGAAUGAGCAGCCUGUCAGGAGCGAGACGCUGAAGUUUUCACUGCACUCAGGGCCUUUCUUCGUGUCAACUUUGAGUUUCUGUACUGCUUGCGAAUCUGAGUUGGGCCCUUUGAGUACUAAGUGCUCUGAAACUUCUGGAAUAACUAGUUCCACUCACUCCAGGGACAGAAUCCAGGAAAAAACUCAUUGGGUGCCAUGGAAAACACAGCCACGGAAUCCAAAGCUGAGCGGAUCGCAAGGUACAAGGCAGAGAGGAGGAGAGAGCUGGCGGAACGCUAUGGUAACACGGAAGAACUUCCCUCGAAAUAUGUAAGGAAGGACAAAAGGGAAGCCUUGGACACUGCAGGCACAGAGCCAAAGUCAGAUGUCUGUGAGGCUGAUAGGAUCACACUGGAGAUGGACGUGGUGCCCUCAAGCAGUAGUGCAGGACAUAAAGCAUGUCCUGAUGCCCUGUUGCAGGAUGAGGACAAAGGACAGCACAUUCUUCCUCAAAAAAUUACCAAUGGCAGCAAAGUGGACAUGGGCAGAGAUGCAUCAUCUCUCCAGUGCAGCUCACUGGAGGCGGAUGAACCAGAGAAGUCGAAAGCUGACAUUACUGAAGAUGACACAGCCAACCCAAAUGUUUCUGCCAAGACGGCUGUGUUUCAGGAGCUGGAGCAACCCCAUCCUUCAGUCGACAGUCACAAACAGAAAAUCUACCAAGCCAAUGAGGUCCAAGCUCAUACUCAGCCAAUUACUGAUAAGGAUAGAACCACUGUGUGCAGCCUCCCCAAGGUUGGAGUGACAGGAGAGUUCAAUGAGGGGCGUCUAGGGAGAGGAAGCACCGGCUCCAGUGUGUCUGAGGCUGGAGGGAAGGAGCCCAAUAACCGGACUUUCCAGGAGGAGAGCAAGGCAGAUGUCGGAGAGGUUGUCAAGAAGCAGAGGCCAAAGGGAGCACCGCCCAUCAGCCAGCCCACUGCUGAGUGUGAGACAGUGGUGGGAAAAGGUCAAGAAGAUGAUGAGCUGCCUCACCUACCUCUGAUGACUCAGCAUGCUGAAAGCCAGGACAUGCAAACCAGUCUGAAAGCAGAGGCCCAACCAGGGAGCCAGCUCACCACGGAGCAGCAGGACUCAAACAUAAAGAGCCCUAGCUUUGAGAAGAACCUGGAUGAGGUCGACACCAAGAGUGAGGAAGAAGCCCCACCUUCCAUAGCCCCACCUCCCCAGAAGGGGAGGAGUAGCUCCUCCAGCUCCAGGGACUCCAUGGCCACAAGCUCGUCCAUGGGUGCCUGCGAGCCCCCCCGCAGCCCCUCCCCAAAUGAAUGCGUCUUCCUGGAGAAGGCUUCUUCUUUCUCCGAGGAGGGGGAAGAGCUGGACAGCAGCCUGGACAGCAGCAUGAGCUCCUCUCUAAGGGACAGGCUUGCAGACUCGAGCAGUGGCGACGAGGAGUGGAGAAGCAGGAAGAAGAAGACCAAGCCCGGUGACUUGGUGCACAAAUCUCUGGCUGAACGCUGUAACCAGCUGCAGGAUGCCGAGAAUGCUUGGAAGAAGAAGGUGGGGGCUACAGAAUGCACACCACAUGGAAACCAUCUGCCAAGUACAGGACACACCAGAGAGAAGGCCUCAGCCGAAGUGGAAACAAAGAUGUCGCUGUCAGAACGAAUGCGGAUCCUGCAGGAGAAGGAGGACCAGUGGAAGAGCAAGGGGAAGGGAGCCUCCAAUGACUCCACACAGUUCACAGUUGCUGGGCGCAUGGCGAAGAGAGGCCUUGUGUCCCCUGUAUCGGGGAAAGAAGAAUCAUCUCCUUUUCAGAGCAAAAAAUCCACCACCAGCACCCCAGCCAGGCCCCUAGAAGAGAUCUCCUCGCGCCCUGAUGUGGAAGUUGAGGGGGACAAGAAGCUGGACAAGCUGGAAUCCUUUCUGGACAAGCUGCAUAAAAAAGGCCUUGGUCACCAAGAGACCUCCAUUAAGGUGACAGAGGAGACAGUGAAGGAAGUAAUGACGUUGGAUGACGAAGAUACGUUUGGCCGUUUUUACAGGGCAGUCACUCCCUCAGCUCUCAGCUCCAGCAGUCCCAUUGACACAGAGCAGGACCUCAGCGUCGUCGAGUCUGAAUCACCAAAGCUGACGUCUGUGGUAGCAGCCCACAGGCGCUCAGUCCGCCCAGCCCGCAAGACCCAGGCCUCACGGAAUCCCCUGCGGGCCCUGGCAGGACGAGACGACAUUCGCCAGGAAUACAUGGAGCAGAGGCUCAAUGUUGCCAGCGUUGAGACCAAACGGAUUCAAGUUGAGAAGAUGGCAAAAUUCUCCAAUCUUGCGGAUGCAGCUCUAGCUGGACUGGCCAGCAAGGAAAACUUUCGUAAAGUCAAUCUGCGCAACGUAAAAUCUACGGAGGUGGUGACCAACAACAGUGCAGUGCCCUUCAACAAGCUCAUGCUCAUCCACAUCAAAGGACGGCGGCACGUUCAGGUGCGCUUGGUGGAGCCCGUGGCCCGCUCCCUGAACAGCGGCGACUGCUUUCUGCUCAUCACGCCCAAGCAGUGCUACAUGUGGAGUGGGGAGUUUGCAAACGUCAUUGAAAAAGCUAAGACUUCAGAGAUGGCAUCCUUUGUUCAGGCCAAAAAGGAUCUGGGUUGCAAGGCCCCGCAGGUCACCAUCCUCGAGGAGGGUGUCAACACGGAGAACAGCAGAGCCAAAGAAUUCUGGACCCUGUUGGGGGGCAAGGCUGAAUACAAAGGAGCAGGGGACCCAGAAGAAGAUGAGCUAUAUGAGAGCGCGAUGGUUGAGUCUAACUGUGUGUACCACCUGGUGGAGGAUAAGCUGGUUCCUCAUGAGAAGGCCUGGGCCUGCAUCCCCAGCGUAUCCCUGCUGAGUUCCAAGGAGGUGUUAGUGUUUGACUUUGGCAGUGAAGUGUACGUGUGGCAUGGCAAGGAUGUGCCCCUGAGUGACAGAAAGGUGGCAGUACAGUUGGCCAAGCAGCUCUGGUUGGGCUCCUAUGACUACAGCAACUACAGGGUCAACCCGCUAGACCCUUUCUCCUGUAAUCCAGAGAUCCAACUGCAGGGUGAGGGCCGCCCCAGCUGGGCCCUUUUUGGGCGGCUGUCAGAGCACAAUGAGACGUCACUCUUUAGAGAGAAGUUCCUGGACUGGGCUGAGAAGCCCGGUACCAAGGAGGAGCCUGAUGUGGAGGAGGUAAAGAGUCCAGUGUUUCCCGUGUUCCACGAGUCAGAGCUUCAGCCCUGUGAUGCCAAGGCCAUGCUAGCUGGUGGGGGAGAUGCAGUGCCCUGCACCAUCCUGGAGGGGCUGGAUGUUCAGCGAGGCUACGGUCUGGUGCGCACUGAGGAUGGCAGGCAGGCCCAGCUGGCCACUGUUGCUGUGGAUGCCUGGCACAUCCGCGAGUUUGAUGAUUAUGAGAUCCCACAGGAGAGCAUUGGGCAGCUGCACGAGGGCGACACCUACAUCAUCCGCUGGAAGUACUCUGUCACCACUGUCGUGGGGAAGCGGCAGAACCCAGGAGAGCUAAGCAGUGGCGGCACAGGUAGGGAGCGCUCUGCCUGCUUUUUCUGGCAGGGUCGGCACUCCAGCGCCAGUGGCAAGGGCACGUCGGCACUCAUGACUGUGGAACUGGGUAACCACAGGGGGGCGCAGGUACUCGUAGCUCAAGGGAAGGAGCCUCCCUGCUUUCUCCACCUCUUCCAAGGUGGCUUGGUCAUCCACCUGGGAAGUCGGGAAGACACUGCCUCCGAUAUAGCUGCUCCUGCGGCAGAUGGCUGGCGACUCUUCUGUGUGCAGGGUGAAACAGCAAUGGAGGCCUCCCUGGUGGAAGUUGAGUGUUGCUGUGCCAGCCUGCGUUCUCGUGGUUCCCUGGUCCUCCUCAGUGCCCACCAAGGGGUGCUUUUCCUGUGGCAUGGCUGUAAGGCCCAUGGGCACAAGUGUGAGGUGGCCAAGACGGCUGCUGAGCAUGUCGUACAGAAGUACCCAGCUGAACUUGGGCUGAACAGUAACAGCAAAAUUGAGGUGCAGGAAGUGAAGGAGGGAGAGGAGCCAGCGGCAUUCUGGAAUGCACUGGGCCAGCAAAACCGGAAGGCCUACGACUGCAUGCUGCAAGACCCAGGCAAGUACAGCUUCACGCCAAGGCUCUUCCGCUUGACGGCUUGCUCUGGGACCUUCCAGGCAGAGGAGCAGCUGAGUCCUGCCCGUCUCCCAGGGGCCAUGAUGGCCAUGCCCUUCUUGCAGGAGCAGCUCUACUCAAUGCCCCAGCCAGCACUGUUCCUGCUCGACAACCGCAUGGAGGUGUAUCUGUGGCAGGGACCAUGGCCAGAUGACACGGAGUGCACUGGAUCCGCCAAGAUCCGCUGGGAUGCUGAGAGAAAGUGUGCGAUGGAGACUGUGCUGGAGUACUGCAAAGAGAAGAACCUGAAACGCCCCCCACAGGCAUACCUUAUCCUUGCUGGGGCAGAACCUCUCACCUUCACCAACAUCUUUCCCCGCUGGGAGACGGACCCUAACGUUAAGCUCCAGACGGAAGCCCCAAGGAACAAGGUGAUUCUAGUGAAGGAUGCUCUCUCAAGGCUCAGUAAGAACCAGUACUCCGUGGAGGAGCUGCUGGCCAAGCCCCUGCCUGAGGGAGUGGACCCCUUGCGCUUAGAGCUCUACCUCUCAGAUGAAGACUUUCAGAGGGUUUUGGAGAUGACACGAGAUGAAUUCAACUCACUCCCUAACUGGAAACAAAUCAACCUGAAAAAAAGCAAAAGACUUUUUUAAAGAAGAAAUAAAUAUGCCUUUUAUGUCAUUAAGUGUAAACAAGUAUUUCAUAUUUUUGCACUUUUGUAUUUCUUAACUUUAAGAAGGUAAAGUGACAAAGUUCAAAUGUACAGUCUAUGUCUAGUAACUGCCUGUAUAAACACUUUUAUUUUUCUGUACUGCAUUUUAUCAGUGGAUUUCAGUCAAAAGUAAAAAAGGAAAAAAAAGAAAAGAAAAAUCCAAAGGGAAGCAUAAUAUUGCCCCCUACUGGUACACCAUUAUAACUUACAGCAAAAAUGUUUCUUUUUCCUUGUGGUCUUCUGUUUACAAAUAUAAGCCUAUAUCCAAGUAAAUGCAAAACUAUAAAACCUUGUAAAAUAAAUGUGUAUCAUACUUUUCUGUUUUUUUAAUAUAUGUAUAACAUUGGACAAUGCCGGAUAACCAAAAACACGGUAUAUGCAGUGUAUGUGGAGCAAAUGCAGUGGGAGAAUACCUUCCCUAUCUGCUUUGUUGACCAUAUGCUGGAUGACUGCUUGAAUGAUGAACUGCCUUUAAUGCCACAAAUUUACAAAUAAUAUUGUGGGAGUAGUUUUUUUUCUGAAAUAAAUACAUUUUACCACUUUU